UAAAGAUUCUUGCCUUAAUUCCUUGACGUAUUCUACUUGUGCUUCAGAUCUCUGACACCUUUAUAGAAAGGAAAGGAACAAGAUGAGAUUCUGGUUGCAUUGGUUUCGCAACUAUUACUUCUCAGCGAUCUAAAAGGGGAAAUACUUUGUUUGAAAGCGCUAAUAGCGUCUUUAUAAAUAGCAUAUUUAUUCUCCUGUGACACCUCCAAGGCCCAUCUACUUGUUUAUUAUUACCAUGAAUUUCUUACGUUGAGAGUUAAUGAAAGUGCCACAGACCAUGAAUUAAUUGGCAUGAAUGACCAAAUACAGAUGUGUAUAAUAUUCCUUAAAUAAGAUGGUAACAUUAUAAUCACAUUAUAUUUAAAUGUUAUUGCAAGUGCUGUAUGUGUACAGUGGCUCUCGAAAGUAUUAACCAACAUGAAAAUGUAUUUAAAUAGGAGUUUUUGUCAAUGAUCAACAAAGAAAAUCCCUAAUGUCGAACUGAAAAUAAAAACCUACGAAUUGAGCUCUGUUCCAGUCAUGGCACCUAUGUGGCAAAUCCAAAGGCAGCUCCAAACCAAGGUCCAGUGGCUUUAUAGUAACCACUUCUAUUACACCAAUAAUUUUGUAACAGUUUCAAUCUGUGUUAAGGUCAGUACCAUAAUGCAUUUUUUCAUAUAGAGGUUCAAAUGGGUUCUGUGACUUAUUGCGUUAAAUAUUUAAUAUCAUGCAGGUUGCCGUUCUCUGAGGAUAAAUGCAUUGAUUUUAUGAGAACAUACAAUUUUAAAAUGUUUAAAUUUAAGUGUAUUUUCCUUUUGGCCAAGCGUUUGUAACUACAGAAAAUUGGCUUUAUAACUAAAACAAACCGUCAAAAACAAUACAUAGAAUGUAGGACCUAUAUAGCCUAUACAUUGUUGUUUUUGGUUUUGCUCAAAAGUUGGGAGCCAUUAGUGGAUGAAAUAGUGUAGGCCGGAACCAGACUCAUUUGCGUUUACAUCAUAAAUAUUUAGCCAACACAUAGAAGGCAUUGAAUUUUCAUGACCAGCGAAUGAAUAAAUAUACGUUGUCAGGAACAAGCGCUGCUUCAGUUUUUUUCGCAUAGCCUACGUCUUUGUUCACCUACAGUAUCAACAGCAUCACCACAGGCGCGCACCGCGCAUAGACUAUAACCCCCCUCCCACACACACACAUCCCCCCAUGCUACUGAAUCACUGCCGCCUCGAUAUGAGAACCGGAUACACAGAAGAAGAGAUUAACAUCAAAAAUAUUUUGUUAAAAUUACUGAUUUUUGUUGAUGUUGUAUUCGCAUGGAAAACAUAUGUUCUUGAAAAAUGAUGCGGAACGAUUCGGUGCAACUGACAGGCUGCGAUGUGGGACACAAUGCCAAGAUUAGCCUUACGGCACUCUAUUCUCUUAUGUGCCUGUUUGGGACAAUUUUAAACCUUCUGGUUGUCUACCUAGUUGUGACAUUUAAGAAACUCCGUACGGCUAGUAAUGCGUUUAUUGUGAAUGGCUGUGUAGCGGACCUGUUGGUGUGCGCGUUUUGGAUGCCGCACGAGGCAGUAGGGAUGUCUUAUGGAAGUCCUUUCGCGGCUGGGUACCAAGCCUUCAAAGAUGCGCUCCUAUUCCUUGGCAUCAUUGUCUCUCUUCUCUCCCAUUCACUGAUUGCCAUCAACCGAUACGUGUUGAUCACCAAAUCUCCAGCGACGUAUCUGUCCAUCUACCAGAAGAGACACACCGAAUGGAUGAUAAGCGCGUCGUGGCUUUCGGCGCUGGGAUUUCUUUUACCCUGGAUCACAUCUUCGCAGUACCCACUGGAUGGAUGCUCAUAUCUACCAGCUUCCGCAGCAUCAUUGCUCAGGGGAGGGAAGCCCAUUCUUUCUGAUUCAUUUGCAGCUGGUACCCUUGUGUUUACUAUUAUCGGACAGACAGUGGUUGUUCUGUAUUGCUAUUUAAAAUUUUUCGCAAGGUACAGAUCAGUGUGA